AAGCAGACUGAUGAAUAACCCAUUGUUUAAGCAAUAUUUAUGCUAAUUCAAACAAUCAAUGAAUCAAAAGAAAGAUGUGGGGUGUCGUACAAGAAUCACAAUGAAAGUAUGCAAAGAUUAUGAAUACGAAAUGUAUAAGCUUUAUCUUGAUAAUGAUCAAUGCAAUACAAUGAUAAUAAUUUCUCAGGUAUCUCUCCCUCUUGCUAAAGCCCUCAAAAACAUUUAUACUAGCACUCUUCUCUUAGGCUUGGUCUCGUUGCAUUUAUCUCUUCCUUAAGUUUCGGUCCGGACUUCCAGCAUCUUUAUACGAACAUGGGUCCAUUUUAUUUAUCAAAUUCUCGGCCCAACAGAUCACAGACAAUGUCUCCUCCUGUUAAAGAUAAAACUGGGUCUGACCGAAUCUGGGGAAUGCUUAGUAAACCCUUGGAUGCCUCAAGUGGCUUGGGACAUAAAGUAAGCGAAGUGUUGGAGAGGAGAAACCCUUUGGCUUUUGCACAUUUCGCUAAUCACCCGGCAAAGGACACGGGCCCAAAUGUCAUGAUCUGUUCCUAUGAUUUUCCCCUUAGUGCUGAAAAUGAGGACUUGCGACCUUACAUUCCAAAUGUCUCUUUUGGAAAGGAGGAGGUGAAGAUGAAGAAAGUAGGCAGCUUCUGGUUUAAAUCAUGGAAAUCAAGUGGUAGUGGGGCAGAUCUAGCCACCCCAGUCCUUAAGUCUCUUGUUCUUGUUGCUACUAGACCUAUUUGUGAUGAGGAAGUGCUAUUGAAUUACAGAUCGAGCAACUCAAAAAAGAAAAGGCCUUCUUGGUAUGUUCCGGUUGAUGAGGAAGAGGAUGAAAGAAGGUGGAGUUGAG